UCCGCCCACACGCGGCAGUUAUGAUUUUUUUUUUCUUCCUAAUUUUGUAAGCGGGUUAUUCGUUAGCAACUAGGUUCAGUUGUUAGCCUAGCACAGGACUCCUAAAACCCAUGGCGUCGUAUCAACAUUUGGUGCAAUGUUCGGACACUCGCUUCCAAUCUCCGGCGAAGGUAUUCGCGAUUCUUAAAUCGAGAGUACAGAGCGGAGAACAAACGACGUGCGGAGUUGGCGAAGAAUACGCCGCGCAAAUGAAACCAGCCUUGAGCCGAACACAGAACACCUGGGAACCGAAUGAACUACAUCACAGGUUUGGUGAGGUGGAGGCUUCGACUAUUUCGCCUAUAAAGAGUCCCAAGAAAAGCCUUGACGAUGCAUACUCGGACUAUAACAGACAGGCAAUGGAGCUUCCACAUACAAGCAACACCGUACAUCGAUUUCGAUCACCAGUGACACAUUUUAUGGAAUCCACGGCGGCGUUUCCACUACGCGUCGACACAGACCCAAGUUCAACCAGAGACCCUCGAGAGAUUGUUGACAAAAGCGUCACCAGAUUCGAGACAGAAUUAUUUCCUAUCGACGCCUGCAUGCCUCCGGUGUCCAUUUUUCCCCCCGCGAGGAAGAAAUCGAGGAAAAGAAAACUGGAGGAGCAGGAGAUGAACGCAGUUGGCAUCGAGGCAAACGUCACAUCAGAAAUCGAGGAUGACAACAUGGAGAUUGCAGGAGGAUAUCGCUACACUCCAAACAAAAGCACAUGCAGCAUGACAAGGUGCACUGUGUCUUUGGAAAAACUCAUGUCUCCCGCAAAGAUGUUUGCUUACAUGAAAGAACGGGUAUUCAGAAGAGAGCUAGAGCAAGACAGCGAAGACUGCCAGGAACCAAGUGAACCCCCUAAUCAAGUUGUCCACACUGGCUACAGAUGUCAGAAGCUGCAAAUUGAGAGUCCAGUCACCCAGGAGCUUGCUGACAGCCAGUCAGACACAUUUAAUCCUGAAGAGGACUCUCCCUUCGCUGUAGAAUCGGACCAUAUUUUGUUUGAUCCCAUCCUCCUCAACCGGCCCUCCAUUUCCAUUUCCAAGAAACAGAACUCAAUGUUCAAGGACAAGCAAAGGCCAAACUUUACAAAAAUACCCAAUGAGAGUGCCUUUAGUCUUGAAAAGUGGUUCCUAAGGAGGAAUCGUAAUGGCCUGUUUGUGCAAGGAAUCCGCAUGGAGGACAGGAUACCAUGGAACAGUAACAUUAUUCUAGAGAGAAUUUCCAGCACUGUGUUGAAGACAUUGUCCGGCAAUGUUUACAAACUGGUGGGGAAGAUGAAUCUGGAUGUGGAUACUGACUUUCCCCGUUGGCUUCUGAGGAAGUUUGCACAUGGCUUCCCUUCAAAUUGGAAAGAGCUUUAUGAGAAGUGGUUGUCAGAAUUAAAAGACAGCAGGAGAAAAGUGAACACUGAAAAGAGAAGCAAAGUUACCAAAUCAACAACAGAGACGUCUGCUCUCAACCCUACGAUGAAAAGACCUAAGAAAAAUGCAGUCAGAACAAAUACAAGACAAAAACAACCUCAAGCGGACACUUAUACGUCCUCCAAACAAGUGACUCGGAGUGGUCGGUUGAUCAAGCCACCCCUUGAUUAUUGGAAAGGAGGCAGGGUCAUUCUGGACGCAGACAUGAAUGUUACCAUCUUUGAAUGUUACAACACCAUCGUCCUCAGCCCUAAUGUUGCUCCAGAAGUGUAUAUGGAGAAGUCUCGAAAACCUGCCCAGGCUUUUCUUCUCAGCGAUAAAGGUCAUAAACCACGUGAAUCUAUCAAAGAGAGCGUCCAGCCGCCGCCACUGACAAAAGACAAGACUAUCAAAGAGAGCGUCCAGCCGCCGCCACUGACAAAAGACAAGACGUCGCUUCGCAGACACAGUCAAGUUCAAAUUCAACCUGACGAGAAUCCCCCUGUUUCAACCGAAGCAGCAGUGAAGCGGCGAAGCCAUCGCACGGCCAACUCUCAUGAAAAGUCGAGCAAUGAGGAUGCGCGACCAUCAAGCAAACCCCAAAAGCUCCCCCCACGAGGAUCCAAAGGAAAAGUGUGCAAUGCCCCUCCAGUAAACUCCAGGAAAAAACACACGCCCUCUCAGGUUUCCGCAAUUAAUAACAAAUUAUCAGAGCCUGAUGAGCAGCAGGACGAAAGGCGAGCCAAUCACAUUGCUCGCACUGAUGAACAGGUGUCCAAUGAGGCCACAAUGCCAAAACCCCCCAAAUUUCCUUUACAAGAAUCCAAAAAGAAGGUGCUCAAUGCUCGUCCAUUAAAGAGGUCGAGAAUAAAACACACGUCUUCUCAGUUUUCUGCUCUUGAUAAACAAUUAUCAGAGUCUAACUCACUGGAAGAGCAGGAGGUGCUUUCGACAAAGAGGAAAAAACGGGACAAGAGGAAGCACACGCACACAUUGCCAUCUCCGAGUAAGCCCAAAAAUCUCCCUGGACAAAGGUCCAAAAAGAGUGUGCUCAACACACCACCUUUAGUGAGGUCAACGAGGAAACACCCUCCCCCUGAUUUUUUUGCUGUUUAUGACAUAUCAUCAGAAUCUGAGGAGGAGGAGGAGCCGCACAAGAGGCGAAGUCAUCACACCACCUGCUCUGAUGAUCAGUCAGACAUUGAGAACACACUGUCAUCUCGAAGUAAAUCCAAAAAGCUUCCCCGACAGGGGUCUAAAACAAAGACGUCCAAUGCUCCUCCACUGACAAAGUCAGGGAGAAAUUGCGCUCCUCCUCAGCUUCCUGCCGCUCAUGAAAAAUUACCUGAGUCUUCGUCUCUGGAAAAGAAGGCGGCGCUUUCUACAAAGAGGAAGAAGCAGGGCAAAAGGACGCCCAGGAAGCAAGACAGGAAUCCUCAAAGCAAGAGCCUCAAACAAGUGUCGCUUGCAAAGGCUUUAACACAGUUGCCGCAAUCUAAAAAGCUUUCCAGCAGAGGAUCCGAUGCCUGUCCUCAAGGCCAAGAUGAGGACGAGUGGACGCAGGAUGAGUUGACAAAACUACAACAGGCUGUGUCCAGCUACCCCUCGCACACACCAUUCUACUGGGCAAAGGUGGCCAUGAUGGUUGGCACGCGCUCUGCUGAGGAGUGCCACAACAAAGACCUGGCCUUGCAAGACUGCCACACCCCUACGGAGAGCACCCGCAAAAAACAAAAGAAAAAGGCGGCGAAAGCAGCAAAAGGCACAGGCCAUCCCAUCAUAUCUGCAGGCAUGAGAACCUUCAAGAGAAAACAGCAGGUGCGUCAGUUCCUGGAGACAAUGCCUCGAGAGAAUACAGAUGACGCCUUCAGCGCCACACACAAUCAGUGCUUUGAGAUCCCGUCCAUGUGUUUGGAUGGAGAGCAGGACUUCAAAAUAAGCCAGUUGGAGCCACUGACACCCGUUUCACUGCAUUUCCCUCAAGUGAAGACUCCUCGGUGUCUACAUGCCUCUCCUGGACUGGUGUAUUCUACAAACAGGAGCGAUGAGGACAGGUAUGUCUUUCAACUGCAGAAAGCGAUAAAACAAAAUCAGGUCAACGGCCACAAAAACGUUCCAGCAAAGGACUUUGUGCCCACACCAGCAGUUAAAAGAAGAGCGAGACCAUUUGAAAAAACAGGAAACGAUUCCUUUGUCAUGAGGGAGAUGUUUCCAGAGAAAGCUGCCAUGUUGUCCGACAGUGGGGAAGAGGAGGAUUUUUAUUUCUCGGACAAUGACUGAAGUAAAUUGACUUCAGGCAAAUUUAAACCAGAACUGUCAAAUCCUGGUCCAGAACGUCAAAACAUUGCCUCAACCAAACAGGUAAACGAAGCUCAGCAGGAUUAGAAGCAAGUGUGGCUAAAUUCAAACCGUGGUAGGGUUUUUACUUUCCGGACCUGGAUUUGACGCCUCCUGAUCUGAACAUGUAAAUCCUGUUGAAUUAUGGACAAAUAUGUUUAUAGUUUUUUGAAUCUAAAAGAGUAAUAGCUGUGUUCCCUUUAAUUGUUGGAUGUUUUUUGGGGGGCGCAGUGGUUCAACAAAUUGAGUCUUGGCUUAGUUGAAGAAUAAAUCUUGUGGGAUGUUGUUACUUUCUAGGACUGUUGUAGAAGUCAUAUUUUGAAAAUGUGAUUGAACACAAGCAGAUAUU